GGAGAGCGCGUCACUCAGGUUUUCCUGGCUGCCAGUCUCCCAGCGUCCCCAGCUUUCCAGGUAGGGACGCCCCCUCCCACGCAGCGCGGUUCGGUCGGGUGGGAAGGAGGGGCUGGCCUCCGAGCGCCCGCCCCUCCAUCUAUCACAUGGCCGGAGAGCCACAAAAACAACAGCUUUGGCCAAGACCGUGACUUCAGGAAAGGAAACCCGGGGCUCUCGCAGCCGGCCCCCACCCCAUGGAGGAGAGUUUUCUUGAAUCCUUUGGGAGGCUGAGCCUCCAGCAGCAGCAGCAGCAGCAACCUCGGCCGCCGGCCCCGCCGCCCCCGCGUGGGACACCUCCGCGCCGCCACAGCUUUAGGAAACAUCUCUACCUCCUGCGAGGCCUCCCGGGCUCGGGGAAAACUACACUGGCCAGACAAUUGCAACACGACUUUCCCAGGGCUCUGAUUUUCAGCACGGAUGAUUUUUUCUUCAGGGAAGACGGUGCCUAUGAGUUCAAUCCUGACUUCCUGGAGGAAGCACAUGAAUGGAACCAGAAAAGAGCCAGAAAAGCAAUGAGGAAUGGCAUAUCCCCCAUUAUUAUUGAUAAUACCAACCUCCACGCCUGGGAAAUGAAGCCCUAUGCAGUCAUGGCACUUGAAAAUAACUAUGAAGUUAUAUUCCGAGAACCUGACACUCGCUGGAAAUUCAACGUUCAAGAGUUAGCAAGAAGGAACAUUCAUGGAGUCCCAAGAGAAAAAAUACACCGGAUGAAGGAACGGUAUGAACACGAUGUUACCUUUCACAGUGUGCUUCAUGCGGAAAAGCCAAGCAGAAUGAACAGAAACCAGGACAGGAAUAACCCAUCACCUUCCGACGGCGCAGGAUACUGGAAUCCCUGCGCGGAGUUUCCCACCCGGAGGGCUCAUGGGGGCUUCACAAACGAGAGCUCCUUUAACAGAAGAGGCGGCUGUCACCAUGGAUAUUAGAGGCCUAUCGUACAGGCAUUCACAAUUUUCCUAAAUCAGUUUUUACCGCAACUUUUGGUAUUUAUUCUUUGUUCAGUUUUAGCCAGAGCUCUAAUUCCCGUGUAAAUAGUCGGACCUGAAAGUUUUUCAGCAGAAAUCAUUAUAUUCAUUUUCAACAAGCACUUGUUAAAAGUGAUCCUCUAUGCAUGGUCUGAUGCUGGAAUUCUGAUUUGAUUAAACAAAGUCACUUUCUCUAGGGAACCAAUUGGAAACGGAACCCUGAAAACGUACCCAGUCACAUAAGUUCAAUAUACAGAAGCUUCAGUACCACUUCCUCUGAAGUAAUCUAUUUUUCCAGAAAACCCAUCUCCAUCAGGAAGGUUGGAAAGGUGGGGGAGAAGUGGGAGACAGGAAAAUGUUAGUGCCAUUGCUACUUUGAUAAGCCGUGUAUCCAAAAAAUGUGAGAUGUGUGGCUGUCACGAUGAGAGUGGUUUUCCUCUAAAAUGCAUAUGCUAGAGAGCAUACAUCUAAGGGAAUAUCGUCCUUCAAAGUAGACUCUUUGGGAAAUUAUCCCUUUAUUCUUGUGAUGUGUCAUUGUUAAAAAGUCUUUUGGAUUCUUCUUGAUAGCUCUAAAAGCUACUGAGGAAAACCAGUGUCAUUAUUUAAAGUCACAUCUUGUGUUUUAACUAUCACUGUAUCGAAUAGGAUUAAACCUGGUGAACUUUUUGGCUGUUGUGCCACUAGUGGAAAUUAAAGAAGCCUGACUUUAUAAAACACCAGUUUUUAAGAGGAAAAAAUUAAGCAGUUUUUAGACAUGUGCAUAAUCAGUUGGCUGCCCAAAUGUUUGGGAGCACAAGAAUUAAGCAUCCCAAGAUAUAAAUCGUAUAGGGAUACGUAAAAGUCAUGCUCAUUGCAAGAUGAGCAGUCUUGGCGUUUUAUGUGGCAUUAUUUAAGACAAUAAAGUUCUACCACAACUCUGGGAUGUCCCUCUUAAACCAAUACUGAAUUUAUCAUUCCAAAUCAAGUCUCCACAGGUUAGAAUCAGAUUAAUUUGGUGUGAGACCAUGAUAGAUAAGAUCACGUAGGAUAUAUGCUUUAUUUCUUGUUGGCCAACAGCUUCUUUAUAAUGUUCUGUGAAAUAUUAUUUUAAGUGUCCUAUAUAAUGGUGCUUUUAUGGUUAUUAAAAAUUAUCUAUGGUAUUGCUUUA